AAUCUAGGGUAUAAAAGGCCCAAUUCUCUCCCUCUCUUUUUUUUCCAUCUCUCUCCAUUGUCGCACGCGAAGAAUCUCUGCAAAACUUUCUGGAUCGGCAACGAUCAAUCAUUCGGACAAGCGGUGUAGGUGCAGGAGUACUGUUGUUGGAGAGGAAUGGCGACCUUCGAGCUGUAUAGGAGAUCGACGAUUGGUAUGAGCUUGACCGAAACUUUGGAUCAGAUGGUUUCCAGUGGAACUCUGAGCCCCGAACUCGCCAUUCAAGUUUUGAUUCAAUUUGAUAAGUCCAUGACUGAAGCUCUGGAGACUGAGGUGAAGACCAAGGUUUCCAUUAAGGGGCAUCUCCAUACCUAUCGAUUCUGUGACAAUGUGUGGACUUUCAUCUUACAAAAUGCUCAGCUGAAAAGCGAGGAAGGCCAGGAAACUGUUGAUUGUCUCAAGAUAGUCGCUUGCGACUCAAAGUUAUUAACUCAGUAAAAAAGAUAGAUUGCUUGUAGUUUCUGUGUGGAUCUGGUAGUAUUUGAGAAGAGUAUUGCUAGUAAGGAGAGGUUAUGAGAAAUUUCGGAGGCAAGUCUAGUUUGUAUUUGAGAAGAGAUUAAUAGGCGAUGGAGAAUAUUGGAAAAUUAACACUACUAAGCUAUCAUUGAUAGUUUCUGUGUGGAUCUGGUAGUAUUUGAGAAGAGUAUUGCUAGUAAGGAGAGGUUAUGAGAAAUUCCGGAGGCAAGUCGUGUUUGUAUUUUCGCAUUAUUAUUAUUAUUAUUAUUAUUAUUAUUAUUAUUAUUAUUA